GCGAAAAGUCAAUCAAUUUCAUUAGAAUUUGGUAGUGUAUUGUUGGAAUUCAUGUAUGGGAAAAUAUUUAUUGGAUAUUUUAUUUAGUUGGUAAUCAUUUUUUUUACCAAAAUGCCGACAACAACUGCGGCGAAACCGGUAAAUGGCCAUAAUCAAGGAAUAUUCCACAACACAGCCGGCUUUAGCACCCUCAUCACGGUUACAGUUUUGACUCUUGCUUGGUUGGCCGGCUUUGCAUCCCGGCUUUUUGCUGUUAUACGAUUCGAAAGUAUUAUUCAUGAGUUUGAUCCAUGGUUUAACUACAGAUCCACGGCCUAUAUGGUGGAACAUGGAUUUUACAAUUUCUUGAAUUGGUUUGAUGAGCGAGCUUGGUAUCCUCUAGGAAGAAUUGUUGGGGGUACUGUGUAUCCUGGUCUGAUGCUUACAUCGGGUACCAUCCAUUGGCUUUUACAUGCCCUUAAUAUUCCAAUACAUAUUAGAGAUAUAUGUGUAUUUCUUGCUCCAGUGUUUAGUGGGCUCACAGCAAUAGCUACAUAUUUAUUGACAUCAGAGCUUUGGUCUAGAGGAGCUGGUUUAUUUGCUGCUUGCUUUAUAGCAAUUGUGCCUGGAUACAGUAGCAGGUCUGUGGCUGGAAGCUACGACAAUGAAGGAAUUGCUAUCUUUGCUCUACAAUUCACAUAUUAUUUAUGGCUAAAAAGUGUUAAAAGCGGCUCAGUCUUUUGGUCAAUAUGCACAGCACUAUCUUACUUUUACAUGGUAUCAGCAUGGGGUGGUUAUGUUUUUAUUAUAAAUUUAAUCCCCCUCCAUGUAUUUGUCCUGCUUAUAAUGGGAAGAUUCUCGCAAAGACUGUUUGUGAGCUACACAGUCUUCUACAUAAUAGGACUGGUAUUUUCAAUGCAAAUACCUUUUGUUGGAUUCCAACCUAUUCGGACUAGUGAGCAUAUGGCUGCUUCAGGUGUGUUUGCAUUGUUAAUGGUAGUUGGAGCAUUGAAAUAUUUACACAGUUUGAAUCCAAAAGGUGAAUGGAAGCAACUCCUGGUACUAGGCACGCUUGUCGCAGCUGGUGCCGUAUUUUUGGCGGUUGUGGCCUUGACUUAUAUGGGAGUUAUUGCUCCCUGGAGCGGAAGGUUUUACUCUCUAUGGGAUACAGGUUAUGCAAAGAUUCAUAUCCCUAUAAUAGCCUCGGUGUCUGAACAUCAGCCUACCACGUGGUCGUCAUUUUUCUUUGACCUGCACGUGCUGGUCUGCACUUUCCCGGUUGGUCUGUGGUACUGCAUAAAGAAUAUCAAUGAUGAACGUGUGUUUGUUGCCCUGUACGCAAUAAGCGCGGUAUACUUCGCGGGUGUGAUGGUUCGUCUGAUGCUGACACUCACGCCAGUUGUAUGUGUCUUGUCUGGAAUCGCAUUCUCCAUAAUUCUGGAGCUCGUCCUUCGUGAGGAUGACCCAACACAAGCCUCUGUCGAAACUGAAGAGUCCAAGAAUUUGUAUGACAAGGCGGGCAAAGUAAAGAAACGCGUCCCAGAACCAGCGCAGACGCAAGAACAGGGGCUGGGAUUAUAUGCACGUCCCGGCACCGUCAUAGCCUUCAUGAUAUUACUCAUGCUGUUCUCCGUACAUUGUACUUGGGCCACUUCGAAUGCUUACUCCAGCCCCAGUAUAGUGCUCGCCAGCUAUGGCAACGAUGGAUCGCGAAGAAUUUUAGAUGACUUCAGGGAAGCCUAUGGAUGGUUAUCACAGAACACGGCUGAAGAUGCAAGAAUUAUGUCCUGGUGGGAUUACGGAUAUCAGAUAGCUGGAAUGGGAAAUCGUACAACACUAGUGGACAAUAAUACAUGGAACAAUUCCCAUAUUGCCCUUGUGGGUAAAGCGAUGGCGAGUAAUGAGAGUGCGGCCUAUGAAAUUAUGAGCAUGCUUGACGUCGAUUAUGUGUUGGUGAUCUUUGGUGGAGCUAUUGGAUACUCGGGAGACGACAUUAAUAAAUUCAUAUGGAUGGUUAGGAUUGCUGAAGGUGAACAUCCCAAGGAUAUACACGAAGCCGAUUAUUUCACUGAGCGUGGAGAAUACAGAAUAGAUGCGGAAGGCUCUAAAACUAUGUUGAAUUGUUUAAUGUAUAAGUUGUCCUAUUACAGAUAUGAUAGUGGUGGAAGUCCACCAGGCUAUGAUAGAACACGAAACGCGAUGCCAGGAAAUCGUGGUUUCAAACUAACUUACCUCGAAGAGUCGUACACUACGGAGCAUUGGCUCGUUAGAAUAUACAGAGUGAAGAAGCGAGACGAAUUCAACAGACCGCGUGUUCCGCUCGCAAAGAGAACUAUAUCAACAAGCAACUCUAUAUCUAAAAAGGCGAGGUCAUCGCUAUAACCCGAUGCAGAUUAACACGCUUGCGUACGAUGUAGGAUCUAUGACGUCGAAGAGAAGAAAAGGUCUACUUAAAAAUAAACCAACUGUUGUCAAAGGUAAGAAGAUGAGACUAGAGUGACGUAAAGCCUAGUUUAGUUGUCAUUGGAGAUGCGUUAAGCUUUGUAUACAGUCGGAUACGCUUACGAAAAACAUAGAACGUUAAUUUUGGCAAUAACCAGGCAGAUCUAUAGUAUAUGUACAAUCUAGUCAUAGAGACUGGAGUGAAGUGUCUUGCUGUCAAGUAAAUUCAAGGGCUAGUAAAUAAUUUUCGCCUUAAUUAUUUUAAUUAAAGGAUAUUACUACUUUUGACAUUUUGUUAGGUAUUUAACAAAAUUCAAGCGGAAAAUCUGCAUGUUGUACAAUCACCCCAUCACAUUUCAGUCCAUUCUCAAUGACUUUGGAAACAUGAUAACCCGUUAUAGCAAUAAAUAAUGUUUUUAGCGUAUGUAUGGCAACACUGACUACAGUGACAAUGACAUGUGACAUGUUUAAAAUCAUUUUUUGCAAUAAACAAUUUUUUUGUCUAUGGACAACAUGCAAACAUGUGCAAUUCGAAAAGUUUUAAUAUAUAAUUACGUAUCAGCAUAUAAAUCUUUUUGUUUAACUAAAUUUUAUUUUUUAUAAGCUAAUUCAAGUAUAGAACAUAAUUCGACAUAACUUAUAAAAAUAUUGUUUUUAAACUCUAAGGCUGCGUCUCCAGCCGCCGACUGAAUGUGUCCACUGAUAUAGUAGGCGCGCGUAAGGCUGCAUAUUGCAUAGAGCGCAAAACUAGCAAACUGAACAUUCGUAAAGUAUAUGGAAAGGCAUACUAAACCGAUACGCUAACUUAGUCGGCGGUAGACAGUUCGCCAACUUGGGACGCAGCCUUAGAAAUGUACAAAAAAUGUAUGGUGCCAAUUCUGACGUACAGCUAUCUAAACUAGAAAUUAAAUAAAAAUUUAACAGCCGGCGUUCUAUUAACUGAUAAAUAAUAAAUGUUAAAAAAUUUCCUUUUAUAUAUCUUUCUAGUUUGUGUAAAUGAAAAUUAGCAUCAAUGUUUACUUGAGGAAAUUUGGUGAUAUAAUCUGUAUCUGUGUUUGUGAUAUGUAGACUAAUGUAAAGAUACGCAUCUCCCCUGAUUAUUUAUUUAAACCUAUGUGACUGACACCAAUUUUGUCUUUAGUCCAUUAGAAUUGUUAGGAGUUUGUUUAAUUUUAACGGUUUGAAAAUCGAUCACUUGGUCAUUGUGCACAAUAUUACAAAAUUUAGCUUAACACGAUUACCAUUACUGCGAUAUUCUUCAAGAUCUUAUUUUUUGCGUCUAGAACUUUAAUGAACGAAAGAAAAAACAAUGCGCCUAAUAUACCUCCUUGGUGCACCUUUUAUGUUACAGUCAUGCCAAUGAUCAUGUCCUCGAUAUAUUUGUAGUAAAAGUGUGUUAAUGCAGGAAUGGAGAACACGCUAAUUAGGACCUUUUGCAUUUAUAUUAAAAGACAUUUUAAGAAUACCAGAAUUAAUAUAGAACUACGUUUAAUAUAUGGCAAUAAUAUCGUCGUUUUAACAAUUAAUGUCCUCUGAAAUGAAAAGUAAAAAUUAUGCAUUUUUUAAUUGCAUUGGUUAAGUGAAAAAGUACCUACGACUUUUAACAUUUCCACAAAUGAUCUUUGUGUUAAAAAUGUUCUCCAUUACUGAUUAAAUGACAUAACGCAAUUGCGUCCAUUGUAUAUUAAUUGAUAGUUUAGAUUCGUUCAAUAAAUGUGGCCAACUAGCUAAUAUCCGGGUUUUUUCUGCGAUAAGAAAUUCAAUUCAAAAUCGCGACGUAGUUAAGUCAUUGAAAUCGGUCCAGAAGCUUCAUCUGAGGACGUGUUUGCAGAGUUUCACAUUUAUUUUUGUAUAUUUAGAUGUUAGCAAUUUAUUCGCAAUUCAAAAGUACAGUCGUACAAUUGUUCACAUCUGAAGAACCCUAUUUUGAGAAACGUAAUUAUCAGGUACAUUCUUAAUCCCGUAGGCACAUUGUACGACGGUUAAUAGGCACAACUGGCUUAUUCGUAAUGUUUAAAGUGCUUAAUUUUUCUGUAAAUUUCGUAGGAACGUUAGUACUUAUAACUUAAACAGUGUCAUUGGUCGUCAUAUAUGGGUGGGACUGCAGUUAAACAUUUAACCAAUAUUUUGUCUUUGUAAACGUGUUGUUUCGUUAUAUCUUAACACAGAAGAUCAUUUAGAAAUAAAUACUUACUGUCUUUUUUAUACAGUGUCCCUGCGCAAAUACUUUAAAAAUCGUUAAUAUUAUAGCAUACCAUAGUAGUUAAUUAUGGAAAUUCGUAUUUAAAUUCAACCCUUAAAAAUUUCAUGAUUAUCUUGUAAACUGUGACCGUGACACCACCUUAAUUUAUAGUUAGAUAUUUUUCGCGUCUCUGGUAUGCUUUGCGUAUUUGUAGCAUCUUUUAGAAAUAAUGUUUUUUAAUUUUAUUGUUUCACAGCACUUAUUGUUUUCUUGUGACAGAGAUUUAUAUUCUAGACUAGGUGAAAUGUAAUUUUCCGUUGUUCACAACUGAAAAUGUCUUUUUGAGCGGCCACACUCGUGUGUUUAGUCCAACUUUUUCUACAUCAGAAUUGUCGUUGUAUGUAUACAAUGUGUCCUAAUAAAAGUUGAUGAUACAAA